AUGAUCCGCCACGAUCAAGAUCCAAGAUUCAUGAGUGAGGUAUUCACCCGAUUCAGGGAGCUCCUGGGCAGCCGUCAGCGAUCCACUCUGAGUUACCGACCUCAGGCGAAUGGGCAACAAGAACGUUCGGUUCAGACUGUUAUCCGGAGCGUGCGAGCGUAUGUGGCCGAAGCAGACCAGUCAGAUUGGGACGAUCAUGCUGAGAGAUUAAUGUUCGCCCUGAACACAUCGUUUGACGCGACCCGCCUGGAUACGCCAUUCUACCUAAUCCAUGGCUGGGAUGCUCAGGGCACUGUUUCGUCAAUGACCUAA